AUUUUAUAGUUUACGGUUUGUUGUUUUAUGAAACAAACGUGGGGAAGAUUGACUCAACUCGAUGAUUAUUAUUGGUUGAUAGAUAACUUAAACUAGUACAAGUACAUACAACUAUAUUUAUGUUCUUGUAUCUAUAGAUUUCAUGUUUUGUGUGUGUUCUGUCUGAUGAUCAAUCCAACUGCACUCUCUCCAGACAAAGAAAUAUAGUUGUGAUAGAAGCCUGAUGCCCUGAUCGUUUAGAAAGCUUAUCAAUCAUGAGUUCCACCAGAAGUUGGUUUCAAAAGUUUCGGCAUAGAGAUAAGAACAAGGAUAAAUCUGGGACUCCUACAAAGAGAGAAACCGAGGAGACAACAAAUUCUCCUAUGGAGGAUGAGCCACCAUCCAGUGCUACACAACAGAAAGUAGCUGCUGCAAAGGAGUACAUAGAGAACCAUUACAAAGCUCAAAUGCAGUGUUUGCAAGAUAGAAAAGAGAGGCGCUGGGUCUUGGAGAGGAAACUGGCAGAUGGCGAUGUUCCUGCGGAAGAGCAAAUGAAUCUUUUGAAUUUCUUAGAAAAAAAGGAGACAGAAUAUAUGCGUAUUCAAAGACAUAAGAUGGGUGUUGACGACUUUGAUCUUUUAACAAUAAUAGGAAGGGGUGCAUUCGGGGAGGUUAGAAUAUGUAGAGAAAAAAGUACAGGGCAUGUAUAUGCCAUGAAGAAGCUUAAGAAAUCUGAAAUGCUACGUAGAGGACAGGUGGAACAUGUCAAAGCGGAAAGAAAUCUCUUGGCUGAGGUUGAUAGUGGCUGCAUAGUUAAGUUAUACUGCUCUUUUCAGGAUCAAGAGUUUUUGUAUCUUAUAAUGGAGUAUCUUCCCGGGGGUGACAUGAUGACAUUACUGAUGCGAAAGGAUACCUUGACAGAGGACGAAGCUAGAUUUUAUGUUGGGCAAACUGUCCUCGCCAUUGAAUCAAUUCACAAGCAUAAUUAUAUUCACAGGGAUAUUAAGCCUGACAAUUUGCUUCUUGAUCGAAAUGGUCAUAUGAAGCUUUCUGACUUUGGGUUGUGUAAACCUCUGGACCGUAGUAACUUUCCAGAUCUUAUUGAGAAUGAAAAUGGAGAUGGAAAAAACUCUAGAACUUUGCCGGGAGGUGUUCAGUAUAAUAACAAAACUAGUGUCCCAAUGAGGUCACAGCAGGAACAAUUGUUACACUGGAAAAAUAACAGAAGAAUGUUGGCAUAUUCAACAGUUGGGACGCCCGACUACAUUGCCCCAGAAGUGCUACUGAAGAAAGGAUAUGGAAUGGAAUGUGACUGGUGGUCCCUUGGGGCAAUUAUGUAUGAGAUGCUUGUGGGAUACCCACCUUUUUAUUCUGAAGAACCCAUGUCUACUUGCCGAAAGAUUGUGAACUGGAGAACACACUUGAAGUUCCCUGCAGAAGUCAAGCUGUCAUUUGAAGCCAGGGAUCUCAUUACCAGACUCCUGUGUAAUGUUAAUCACAGGCUUGGAACUAGAGGGGCAUAUGAAAUAAAGGCACACCCAUGGUUUAAAGGAACCAAAUGGGAUGAUUUAUAUCAGAUGGAAGCUGCAUUUCUGCCGGAGGUUAACAAUGAACUAGAUACCCAGAACUUUGAGAAGUUUGAAGAGUUGGCAUCUCCACUGCAAACUUCAUCGAAAGCAGGUCCAUGGAGGAAGAUGAUUCCCUCCCAAGAUGUGAAUUUUGUUGGCUAUACGUAUAAGAAUUUUGAGAUUGUAAAAGAGCAUCACUUGCCUGGCAUAGCGGAAGUGAGGAAGAAGACAAAUAAGUCGAAAAGACCAUCCAUUAAAACAUUAUUUGAAGAAACACGUGAACCUUCAGACCAGCAGCUGCCUAAUCAACCCAGCAAUCGCACUCGCUUAUUUACCCAAGUGGAGGUGUCUGAGAGCCCCGAGUCGUCACCAAGCUCCAGCGCAUCCUCACAAUACAAUAGCAAGCGCCUGACAUAAUAACAAACUAAUGACACAAGUUUGAUCAGACCAAACUAGCAGGUGUUAGGUGAAGCCAAGAAGACAAGAUGUGAAGAACGUGAAGCUCAUGUAAAAACUUAAUGUGGGUGGCCUGUUUUUUUUUAUCCCAACGAUCUAGGAAAUUGAUCUGUGGUUUAACUGUGUGAAUAGAAUAUCGUUUACUAGGAUUGAAGGAAUUAAAUUUAGUUUUGAGGAGGCUUUUUGGUGUAGGCUCCCGCUGUAAAUUAUAUAUAGAUUUAAUAUUGGUUGAGAUCUAGUUUAGUUUUUCUGACUGCUGAUUGUUGAUAAUCAAAAUGUGUACUGGUUAUUCCAGUUGUGCAAAUUAUGUAAUAGUCAAUCGUGUUCUCCUUUCUCUGUA